AUAACCACCGAGCGAAUCACACACCUAAUCGAAGCACUAACACACAUUUCGAAAUUCGGCCUGUGAUAAUUUUGAUAAGAUAGGGACACAUAACACAAAAUUAGAUACACCAAAUGUGAAGAAAAAAGUUACCUGUAACAUUCAAACAAACACCCAUUCGCACGUGGGAAAGUCACAUCUCAGUGAUUAAAAUGAGAUGAAUUAAAUAAUGUGAUUGUGGAAAAAUUUAAAUUCAAGACCAUGGAUGAUUUGAUGUUGCCAUUUCCCGUAAUCCGGGAUAUAGCAAUAAUAACGAUAUUAUUUGGAAUUGCUUUGUAUUUUUACACAACAAAAGGUUUCGAUUUCUUCAGAAAACGUGGUAUUAAACAUCUUCCAACAUAUCCUUUGGUCGGUAAUAUCGGUAGCUACUUGAGUGGAAAUGCAAAUUUUAUAGACUGCAUUAUACAAGCUUAUAAUGCAUUUCCUGAUCAAAAAAUGGUUGGAUUUUAUAAUUUCAACGUACCAUCACUCAUUAUUAGAGAUCCUGAUACAAUUCAACAAGUAUUAUUCAGAGAUUUUCAACAUUUUUCAGAACAUAUCUUUCAUGUUGAUGAAACAGUCGACCCACUUUUUGGGAAAACUUUAUAUGCUCUGAAAGGUGAUAAAUGGCGAGCAAUGCGAACAACAUUAUGUCCUGCAUUUACCAUAAGCAAACUACGAGGAUUUUUUCCAUUAUUGGAAAAAUGCUGUGAAGAUAUGAUAAACUAUAUCGAAGACAACUCUAAUUUUGGAAGACUUCUAAUAGAAACUGAAGAGUUCUUUUCAAAAUUUAACUACAAUGUGAGCGCCACAGUAGCGUUGGGAACUGAGAAAAAUACAUUUAGAAAUGACGACGAGGAAUUCUAUAAGAUGGCUCAAAAGGCCACAAAUUUCAUUGGUGUACAAGGAAUGAAAUUCACACUUAUGGCUACUUUUCCUCGACUAUCCAAGUUUUUGAGAAUAAAAGUUGUGGACGAAGUUCUAACAAAGUACUUCCGAUCUUUAAUUUAUGACACCAUAUCAUCUCGAGAAGUUACAGGAACUGCAAGAUAUGAUAUGAUGCAGUUGUUAAUUCAAGCUAAAAAAGGAACUCUUCAAGACGAUGAUUUAGGGGUAACUGCUGCACGAAAUAAAGAAUUAACAGACGAUGAUAUAACAUCCCAAGCUUUAAUUUUCCUCAUAACUGGAGUAAUAACUUCCACUUCAACAAUGGGUUUCGGGGCCUAUGAAAUAGCAAACAACGAAGAAAUUCAGAAAAAAUUGAUAGAGGAAGUAGAUGAGGUUAGAAAGAAGCAUAAAGGUGAAUUAUCUUAUGAGAUAAUUGAUAAGAUGGAUUAUUUAGGCAGAGUAAUAUCAGAAACUUUGCGGAAAUGGCCGCCGGGAAUUAUUGCUAGGAAUUGUGUGCAACCUUAUACAAUCACGGAUAAUAAAAAUAGAAUCACAUUUAAUUGCGAUCCAGGAGCUGUAAUAUAUGUUCCCACAAUAGCCAUCCAAAACGAUCCGAGUUAUUUUCCUAAUCCAGAAGAAUUUGAUCCUGAUCGAUUUUCGGAGUCCAGAAAAAGUGAGAUACAGCCAAAUACUUACAUACCAUUCGGUAUUGGUCCUAGGAAAUGCAUAGGUGUGGAAUUCAGUAUAAUACUCGCGAAAUUAGUGAUGUUUCAUCUUUUAUCGAAAUACACAUUACAUGUUUCGCCCAAAACAAUACAACCAGUAGAACUUGCGAGCGGUUUCAUGGUUCAAGCAAAAGGCGGAUUGUGGAUAAAUUUACAAAGACGGGAUUAG